AUGAUAGGAUUAUCACCUAGUGAGUUUACCAAUAACAUCUCUGUAUUUGACCCUUUACAGAGAGUAAUUAAAAUUGAUAGAAGUGAAGUAAUAACAAGAUCUGACUAUUUUAAACAGAAAUCAGCUGAAAAUAUGACUGAUAAAUAUCGUAAAUAUGAACAUCAAAUUGGAGAGACUGUUUAUUUAAAGAAUGAGAAGCUUGAUAAAUAUGCAAACAAAUGGAAUGGCCCAUUUAAAAUAACAAGUUUAAAUGAUAAUCAAACUGUUUGGAUUGAAAAUGAACUUAAAAAGAGUCUUGUAAAUAUUAGAAGGGUGAGACCUAAAGAGGAAAGGGCAGAGUGUGGUGAUUGUCUUAAUGAUCAACCCACCAAUGAUAAAAUUUAA